AUGAUACAGCCUAAUAGCCAGUUAUUAAUAACUGAAUCGGAGCUAGAGAGGGCCCUUGACGGUGAUUCUUCACCACGAUCAAUUGCUCCACAGUACGACGAGCUUACCAAAUAUCUCCAGAGUGCGGUUGCCGCUGGAAAGCGGCCUGCGGUCACUUCUGGUGAUGAGGAAGAUUCUGAUGCCGAUGGAUUUGUGAACCCGGAGGAGAACCUAUUAUUAUCCUUCCCUAAUACGCAGCAUCGUGUAUCAGGUAGGAUACAGAAGAAGUCGAGACUACUGGAUGGGUAUAUAGUUUGA